AGCUGUGCCGGGCGAUGCCGGGGCUUUGCUCCACUUUAUGAACCCAAACUUCCGCCGCGAUCGCCCCGAGCUCCUGCUCCGCAUCAAACGCCGGACCAGGGCCAACAGGCAGAGACUGGCCGCGGGGCUGGAGGUGCGUAGCCGCCAGCCCAGCCGCCUCCAGCGGCCCUCCACGGACCGGUCGCUGCCUGCCUUCCCCACCGGGCAGCCGCCCAGAGCCGCUCCCUUGCGCCAGAAGCACGAUGCUGCCUCACCUGAGAAUUCAGAGCUGCCUCCAGGCCCUUCCAAGAGAAGUGCAGGUGCUCAGGAGAGUGAGGCUUCCCCAGCAGCUGCCAAGAAAGUCUGUGCCACCUCUGGACUUGUUGGAGCUUCACCAGUGGAACCAUCAAGAGAGCUCAUCCAGAGAUUUAAUCUUCGCAAGCUCACGGUUCCACUGGUUCGCCUGGACCUGAAACGCCAUCCUGAGCUCAUGGUUCACCUCACUCCAGUCGACCGUGAAGCUGCUUGCAGGGCCCUGGGACACAGCAACAGCUGCUCAUCUUCUCAGCAGCACAGCCCAGCCUGCGAGCCAUCAGCUCCUUCAUGCCAGAAGCGCAGUGCUGCCUCCCCUGAGGAUUCAGAGCUACCUGCAGGCCCUUCCAGGACAAGUCCAGAUCCUCAAGGGCGUGAAGCUUCCCCAGCACGUGCCAAGAAAGUGUUUGCUCCAUCUGCACCUGGGGUUUCAUCAGGCAAGCCAGGCACACACAAAUUUCAAUUCCAGCCACAGCUCAUCACUCCAGCAUUUCCUGCGCACCAUCAAAGCACUUCUGUGGCCUCUCCAAAGAGCAGCAGCUGCACUUCUCCAGAGCAGCACUUGCCAGCCAACAUCCCAUCAGCCGCCCCGGGCACUUCAGUCCCCAGUGCUCCAGCUGGCAGUGCUGGUUAUGCAGCAUGGAGAGCCCCAAGCUGGGUAUGGAGUACUCCUGGGGAAGAGGAAUUGCCACCGCUGGAUCUGGACCUUGUUCUGGAGACACUGGAGGAGAUGCUUUCACCACCUCUGCCUGAAAGGUCUCCCUCUGCUCAGGUCAAUCCUAGUGUUGCCCGUGGCUCUUCAGGAGGGGAGGCUGUGAACAAGGCUGCAGCAGAGGGAGCUUUGCCUGCUGGCAGGAGCUGUGUGAACGUUUGCCAGGAGCCCGAGGAGCUUGAUAUCCAUGUGAUCUACCUUGCCCGAAGGGCUGCCCUGCGUGGGAAGAAGGAUCAGAGGGAGAGCCUGUGACCAUCGAGCAGGUGGCA